AUAAAAAUAAAUACUUAGUAGAUUUCUUCCAUUUUACAAUUGGUGUUACUUAACGGAGUCAUGAGCCGUCGUAACGGUUCCGUAGCCUACAGGUUACCGGAAACACCCACCGUUACGCAUUUAAUUGAACUUGCGCAGACGACAUUGCCCCUCGUGUCUAACGUCGUCUGCCUCCCGUCCCGUCUCGCGUUGCUUCCGCCUGCACUGAUCCGGAAGACCUAACCCUAACCCUAACGCCGCCGCAACACCGAUGGCCUCCUGCGACGAUGACUUCGCUCUCCUCGGGGACGAAGCGCAGUCCCACCAUCAUCAUCCCCAGCAGCAGCAACAAGCUUCAGCAACCGUGGCAGCAGGCGCUGUUUCCUUCUCAAGCCAUCGCUACAUCCCCAAGGCGUCGGUGCCACUUCACUCCCGCUCUAUUCACCUCAACACCAUCAACUCGAAGAAAGUGCCCAUAGGCUCCGUCGGCCAGGACGAUGAUCAUGAAGGCUACGGCGAGGCCUUUGCCCCGACGGAUGUGAACCCGCACAGCCAUUGCUUCGCCGACGACGAUCCGGGAUCAAAUCCGUUCGAUUCGGCACAGCCUCCCGAGGAUGACGAUGCCGAAGGGGAUAAUAACCCUAACAACAAGUCCCACCCGGCGGCGUCUACCUCCCACCUUCACCACCAGCAACAGCAGCAGCACCACCAUGCUUCCCGUGCUGAAUCGAAGCGCAGGGACCGGGACGAACUCAGCGAUGGCGAAUCCCCAUACGGUUACAACAUGGGAAACAAGCGGUCUUCUAGGUCAGCUUUGGCGGCGCCGACUUCUUCCGGAGACUAUCGAAAGGACCGCGAGGAGUGGAGCGAUUCGGCCAUUGGCUGCCUUCUGGAUGCGUACACCGAGAAGUACAUACAGCUUAACCGUGGAAACUUGAGGGGAAGGGACUGGGAGGACGUUGCCACUACUGUGAGCGAGAGAUGCGACAAGCAGAAGUCCGGCAAAACCGUGGAGCAGUGCAAAAACAAGGUUGAUAACCUUAAGAAGCGUUAUAAGGUGGAAUGCCAGCGACUUAGCAGUGGCAACCUUGCUGUUAGCCAUUGGCCAUGGUUCAAGAAGAUGGAGCAGGUUGUCGGUUCCUCCUCUUCUUCUAAGAUUGUUCCAGAUGAAGAUAAGGCCGCCGCACUGGUUGAUACCAAUCCUGCUCAGAGGCAGAUGAAGAGAUAUCCUGUGACUUCACCUGUUUCGGCUAGUUUAACAGGUAGCUUUAAAUUGAAAUCACUAUCUAAUCCUAGAUGGAAGAGAACCGUCUUGAAAAUUAGUGGCUCUACUUUAGCUGGGACUGGUCCACAGAAUGUUGAUCCAAAGGUUCUGAUGCUGAUUGCUAGGGAGGUUUCUUUGGCAAGCCGUGUUGGUGUUGAGGUGGCAAUUGUUGUUGGUGGUCGGAAUUUUUUCUGUGGUAAUUCUUGGGUGGCUACUACUGGCACAGAUAGAGCUACUACAUACCAAAUCGGAAUGAUGGCUUCAGUCAUGAAUGCUCUAUUGCUCCAGGCGUCAUUUGAGAAGAUUGGCGUUGAAACUCGAGUACAAACUGCGUUCAUGAUGCAAGAGGUUGCCGAACCAUACAUUAGACGACGAGCUAUCCGCCAUCUUGAAAAAGGAAGAAUUGUUAUAUUUGGCGGAAUUGGCGUUGGAACUGGAAAUCCACUCUUCACUACUGACACAGCUACUGCCCUGAGAGCCUCAGAGAUUAAUGCAGAGGCUGUGUUGAAAGGGACUACUACAGAUGGUGUCUAUGACUGCCAUUCCCGAAAUAACAGCUCUGCAUUUGAGCACUUCUCUUUCAGAGAAUUGGUUUCCAGAGGGUUCACUGCGAUGGACAUGACUGCGGUUACUUUCUGUGAAGAAAACAACAUUCCUGUUGUUCUCUUUAAUCUUAUGGAGCCCAGCAAUAUUUCGAGAGCUCUUUGCGGUGACCAAGUAGGCACCCUUAUUGAUCAGUCAGGGAGAAUAAACUAGCUUAAUUAACACCUGUCCGGGAGACUAAGCUUUUAGCUUAUUUAACAGUUCCUUUGGCUCUUAAGCAAUGCCAAAACUCUACAGCUACUUCUACAUUUUUCAUUGAAGGAGACACCUUUGCCUUUGUCAGGUAAGCUACAAUUACAAAAUUUAGGCUUCGUUUGGGGCGGCUUUCUUACUGCUUCAUAAAGCAGCUUUUUAAUACAAAAAUAAAAAUUUUUAUACUUAAAAGCUAUUUUAAGAAGUAAAAAAAAAACCGUCUCAAACGAAGCCUUAUUCUCCAUGUCUUAUAUUGUGAAUCUGAAUGUUGUAUAAUUAAGUCAUCUGGUGAUUGCAAGUGUAAGUAGAGUUAGAAAGAAGAGGAAAAACCACAUUAGAGUACCUUUUAUGAAUCUAUGUUAUUCAUUUAUCUCUGCUCCUGUAAAGUAUUUAAGUUUUGUGCAAAAUGGUCUUUUUUUUUUGGCAUCUCCAUUUUUGCUUGAACUAAUAAUUGUAAUAUGCUUGUUCAUUCAGUAAAUUACUAUCCCCCUUGUUAAGGGGAAGAUGUUUUACUUAA